UUUUCAAUUGUAAAAAAGCCGCCAUAUUCAUCACAAUCACAAAUUCGCGUCUGAAUCGAAAAUGGAAGUGAAUACAGAGAUAGUUGAAGACACCCAAAUGGACGUAGAAGAACAACAGAAAGAGGAAGAAGAUCCUUUUCUCAAUUUCGUCGAUCAAGCAAGAUCCGAGCUAUUGUCGCUAGAAGACGAUUCAAAUCGUGGUGAUUCGGAUACAUCUGGUUAUGGUUGGAGUUGGAUUGUAUCUCGUAUUCUUAAAACUUGUAUUGCGUAUUCGAGCGGCGUUACUCCUGCGAUUUUGCUCUCUGAACUUUCUCAGGCGUGGAGUGAGCAACGCAGAGUUGCUGUACCGAAGAAAAGACUUGAAUUAAUUAACAGUCUGAAGAAGAAUAAUCGGAGGAUAAAGCUUCCAAACACGGUUACUAUUGAUUCCAUUUAUGAGAAGAAAUUCAUUGCUUUGAACAGUGUUUUGGAAGUUGUUAUUAUCGAUGCUCAUGUACUUCCAGGCACAAACAUCCACAUGCUUACAUUAGGGGAUUAUUGGAGCUCUAAUAUCAUAGAUCUCUAUCUACACCGUAGCAGAUUCUAUGACUUGGCAGGCCUGCCAAGUGGAAUUCUGAAGAAAGGGAGGGAAGUUUUGCUCACAGGCUGCUACCUUCGAACUGCCACUGAAAGUUCUGGUCAUCCACGUCUUUUGCCAACAGAAUAUCUUGUGAUUCUAUUGGAUGAGAAUCAGGAUGAUGAUGCAAUGCUGCUAGGAGCUCAGUUUUGUUCCGACUCCUUCUCUUCAAUUUCUUUGGAUGCAGUUAACAAAGGGGUUUCUUAUUCCCUAUAUGCCAGGAUUGAAAACAUUGAAUCUGCGGAAGUUCGAGGGAAUUUUGGGACCUCACAAAGAAAACAGAUCACUCUUGUUGAUGGUGAUGGUGUCACAUUAAAAUUUUUCUUGUGGGGUGAGCAGAUUCUCCUUGCCAAUCUUUUCAGAGUAGGAAGCAUGCUUGCCCUGGACAAACCAUACAUUGCAAGUUCUGUAGAGUGUGAUAUUCAAACAAGUGAGGAAGUUUGCCUUGAAUAUGGAAGUGCAACACAAUUAUAUUUGGUGCCUUACAUUCAACAUGAAGAACAGGUAUGUGUAGCAUUGACACCAAACCGCCAUCAAGGUUCAAGGCAAAUGGGUUCGUGUAAUCCCACUCAGGGUCCCAGGUUCUCUCAAGUGAGUUUGCCUUGUGAUUCUCAGGGUACCGUAGAUUUCAGCAAUUACCCGUUGCGGUCAAUUGUGGUCGACCUUCGUGAUAAGAUGACUGGCAUCAGCCUCUAUGGUGUUGUUACAGAAAUUAGCAAAGAAGAUAAUAACCAAGCAACUGUUUUUUCUUUAAGAAUUGCCGAUACUAGCGGAGAAAUCAGGGCAAAGCUUCAUUUUACCAGAUUAUGGUCAUUGGGAAGAGUGAGUCUUGGUCACACAAUAUUUAUAUCUGGGUUGAAAUGCACUGCUUCCAAACGUAAAAAAUGUCUGGAAUUAGCAUGGUUUGAGAAUGGUACCGGGGCUUCUUUCAUCAAUCUCAGUUGUUUACCUGCGUUGAUCAACUCAUCUUGCCUUCAUAAACUAUUCAAACUCUCUGAUAUUUCUAAUCAGACUUGCUACGCUCAAGUUUGCCGAGUCUGGCUUGUUCCGAAUGAAUAUUAUUACGUGAAUACAAGAUUCUCGCAUUCCCUCUGUGGUCACUUUGUCGACAAGAAACCCGGUGGUUUUGUGGAAUGCAGUUUCUGUCAUAGAAUUUCUGAUGCAGAGGUUGUACGCACUUUCCAUUUGAAAAUUACCCUUGCAGAUAAGAGUACGAAAGCUUUAGCAUGGUGCACCGGUCAAACUGCUAUGGAUUUGUUGCAGAUAUCUCCUGAGGAGUUUUAUGACCUUCCCGAGGAAGAACAAUUGAUGUAUCCCUCGUCGUUAGAAAAUGAAACGUUUAUGGUUGCAUUGGUAAAUUGUAAGCCGGAACGCUGUGUGACGUAUGACCUUUUGCCGGAUGAUUCAAUUUCGUGGGAAAUCACUCGUGCAUACAAGUGUGAAUAAUUAUUAAUCGUAGAUGCACAUGCAAGGGUGCCCUUCAGUUGUAUAAACAGAGGGGGACUGGAAUUGCAAUGAAACCUUUAAACCACACUAAUGCAUUUCAAUUGGCGACUUGUGAAGAGACAUCCAUUUUGAGACCAAGUUAGACAGCAUAAUAUAACAGGAAGAAACACCGUGUUUUUUUGGAGGAAAAGACUCAUAAGCAACCAGUUAGGACAAUAGAGCUGCUGCCUUUCUUACCACCAUUGUAUCGGAAGGUAAGGUGUGUAUUGAAAGAAAUGUCUUAUUGAUGGCCAGCCAAUUUUUUCAGGGGAAAACUUGACCAAUCUUAAUGUAAAGAGAUAACAGUGAUCUUAAAAGCCAUUAGAGUUUCAUUACUGAGACUUUUUUUGUACAAAGGCUUAGUUAUGUUACCACUA